AUGUCGCUGUACACGCUCAAGCACUUGCUGAACGACUGUAGUACGCGGCUGUCGCGCACGAAAUGCGCCGCCGACAGGAAACGCGAGACGCUGGAAGAUGUUUGGCGCGCCUUCAAUGACUGGAUCGAGUCGCGCUUCAACCAGGGCAAGGGCGUUCACAUUGCAACAUUUGCGACCAUCACGUGGGAGACCUUCACGAACUCGCGCAACCAGCCCAAGCUGCGCCCCAUAUUCUUCCUGUCCGACACCUUCAUCAAGACUUACGGGCUCUCUCAGCGACGGCCACCGCUGCCCAGCGCCAACUUGGCGUCGCUGGAAGACAUCAACUUCACCAAGAUCGCCAUCAAGUUCUCGCACAACCUCACCAAGGACCUGGUCUUCUGCGCCAUUCGCGACAUGGUGCAGAAGAUCGGCAUGGUAGCGAGCACUGGCGUUCCCAUGUCCAUAGCCUUUAACUUCGGCCGGUUGAUCGCCAAGAACCGCUGCGUCUCCGUGCUGUUCGACCCGCUCAAAUUCCCGCGCGCACUCGAAGACCAGAUCACGCGCUCGAUGAUCAGCAGCCCGCCGUCGACUCUCGGCAACCUCGAGGAGUUCGACAUCUCGCCGGAAGAUGUCGUCGACUAUAACGAGGCGUUCCCACCUCCCGACAAGAACGAAGGCGCGAGAAGAGCUGCUGCCUCCAACAUCGCGUUCCCGACCGACGACCUGGAAGCGCUGCCCACGAACCGCAGCGACCCCGAAAACAUCAUCGGCGGCGAUGUUAGCAUCGAAGAAGAACUGCAAAUGUACGACGCGCUGCUCUCUCCGGGCUCAACCGCCAGCGAUCGCUCGGCCAAGCACCGCGUGAUGGAGUCGGCCUUUAAGCGCCACAUCUCGAAGCUGGCCAACGACGUGGAUCUCGAGGCCAAGUAUGCGUUCGACCAGCAGCUGCAGCAACGGCGCGACUUGGACACGAUGGCGCUCGAGCACAAGACGCGCCGCAUGUGCGCGGAGGACUUGCAGCGGCACCUGCGCGUGCAAAUGCAGCAGCGCGACGAUGCCCUCGCGGUCGAGAAGCACGAGCGCCGCACGACGGACCCGAAGGCCAGCACCUUCUUCUCCGAGAGCGAGCACACGCGCCAGGGAUACGACGACCAGCGCUAUCUGACCCGCGUCAAGGAGCAGCUCAAGCACCAGCUGCAGGACCAGAUCUCGACCAAGGAGCAGGACCGUAUCCACACCAAGGAGAAGCUGCUGCAGGACGACCAGCAGUUCCUGCGCCGCAUACGCAACGAGCUCGACGCGAUCGAGAAGAAGCAGGCGCACGACCGCGAGGAGCUCCGCAAGACGCUCACGGGCUCCUGGAACCGCGACAGCGGCAUGAAGAAGCUCGUCGAGAUCCGCAAGAAGCAGAAGGCGGCCGAGCAGAUCCACCGCGAGGGCGUGGCCGUCGCGCUCACCUCGCGCGACCACUUCCCCAUGCUGCUCAAGCCCGCGACGCCGCGGCCCAUUGCUUCAAGGCAGGAAGACGACUACUCUGUGGGCUUUGACAUCCGCUCGGUCUGCGGAGAGAGAGGCACUCCACAAGCAAAAUAA